UGAGAGCAUUUACCCACACUGUUUAGGUACAAUCUAUGUUCAUGGUACCCGUCGACGCUUACAAACACUACUAAAAUACGAUUCAAGAAAUUUAAUUUGGCGAAGGACGAAAUGGACGAAAACAGCCUAAUUUAUGGGCUGGAACUGCAGGCCCGUGCAUUGACUCCCCAGUACGGCGAGAGCAACGAUGUUUGCUUCUUUAUAGCCACCAACUCCCUGAAGCCAACGAACCAGGUGCACCUUAUUCAGUACGAGGAGGAACAGGGAACCGUGCAAUCAAAGGUAUUUGAGCACGCCUUGGGUGAAGUGUGGAAGCUGAACAGUUGCCCCCACAACUCCCGCCUGCUGGCAUCCGUCUACAAUGUCCAGAAAGGAGCCCAGGUUCUUGCCCAAUCAGCUCUGCUUACAUUGCCGGAGGACCUGAACGCCGCCUCGGAGGCGGAGCAACUAAAAUCCGAGUACCUGCCCUGGGGGCAGGUGGAGGUGCUAAACACCGAAAGCCUCGGGGAACGUGUGAAAACCAUCGAAUUCCAUCCGAGUCAGGAGCAAACGUUGGCCUGCGUUGUGGACAACAAGGUGGCGGUGAUGCAGCGCGCAGAGUCCGCCACUCGUGUGGUGGCCGAGGUGCCAGCCUCGGGAUCAGCGAGUGCCAAGCACUCGUCACACUUCACCACCGGCAAGUGGUCACAUCAUCACCAGGGACACCAGUUCCUCACCCUGCACGACGGCAGCCUGAGUGCCUAUGAUGUGCGUGACACGCAGCACUGCGCCUGGAGUAUCAGCGACGCCCACGGCCAGAUGGUGCGCGACCUGGACUGCAAUCCCAACAAGCAGUGCCACCUAGUAACUGGCGGCGAUGAUGGCUACCUGCGAAUCUGGGACUGCCGGAUGCCCAAGGCGCCGGUUUUUGAGCGCAGUGAUCACUGCCACUGGGUGUGGUCGGUGCGCUUCAACACAUUCCACGACCAACUUCUGCUCUCCAGCUCCAGUGACUGCAAGGUGCUGCUCACUUGCGCCGGCUCCGUGAGCUCCGAGACCCAAGUCCAGGCCGGGCUAGAUGAAACAAAUUAUGGCGGCAGCGGCGGUGUUCCAGAAACGGAAGAGCAGCGGCACAAACUGCUACCCGACGGACUUCUGCAGACCUUUGACCAGCACGAGGAUUCUGUCUACUGUGCGGAGUGGAGCAACGUGGAUCCCUGGAUCUUUGCUUCGCUCAGCUACGACGGCCGCGUCAUAAUCUCCAAGGUACCCAAGCAGUACAAGUACCAGAUUAUAUUUUAAGCAAUUAAACGUAAAGCUAACUAA